AUGGACGACACCCCUGCCGCCGCUCGGGACUCGGACCCAGUGCAGGCGCUGUUUGAGCGGCACCUGGGACCUCCCAAGCAGCUGCCAGGUGUCCUGCGAGCCAGCACCAGCAGCGAGGGCGCGGCGCGCAGGGAGGAGGAAGAGCUGAGGUUCAAGAUGUCGCGAGGGCGAGCCCUCGACUACCAGGCCGUGCCGAGCGUGGGCGCGCUGCUGGGCCUGACGUACCACCCCGCUCGCCAGCCGCCGCACAGCGUGCGGCGCAGGGGCCAGCAGCCUGCGGCGGCGCAGCCCGCGCACUCCACGCUGUGGGCCCUGGUGCAGCCCACGGACGCGCUGGGCAUCAACACGGCACUCAGUGCGUCCGAUGCGGGCGCCAGCAGGCUGACCGGGUUUGCGGGCUGGACGCAGGAGGGGUUUGUGGACGUGACGCGGCGGGCCAGCCUGGAGUACAUCCUGACGCAGCGCCCCGCCAGCGGCCUGGCGGCGGAGCUGGACCUGUUGUCCACGCUGCCCAAGCUGCCCCUGCUGCCACAGCUGACGGCGAGGCACCGCAUGGCGGCGUCCCAGUCCACCACAGGCGUGCAGCACAGCAGCACGCUGAGCGCUCCGCUGCUGCGCGGCACCGCGGUGGCGCGGCUGCAUGUGCAGGAGCCGGCCUUGGGGGCUGCGGCGGCUGGCAGCACGCUGACGCUGGAAGUGGAGGGGCGCGGCAAGCGCAGCAGAGGGCUGGCAGGCAAUGUCAAGCUCUCGCCGACGCUGUUGGGUGCAUUCCAUGGCACCAACGGCGGCGGCAGCAAUGGGAGCGGCAGUAACGGCAGCAACACCACCAGUCGGAGCGUGAGCGACAGCGACGAUGAAUGCGGCAACAGCAGCAAUGGAGGGGGCAAGGCGGAGCAGCGGCGGCAGCACAUGCCAGGCCUGCGGCUGCAGAUGCAGCCCACGGCUGUGCGCAGCUGGGAGGACGUGAGUGGCAGGUGGCAGCAGGCCUGGGGUGGCGCUGUGAGAAGCACGCUGGGCUACCAGGCGCAGCAGCGGCGAUGGAGCCUGGAGCUUGGCCACAAGCUGAGUGGCAAGGUGACCGCCAGCGGCUCGCUGGCAUGGGACGGCCCAGUCGGCCUGGCGGCGUCGGCUGCUGGUGGGGCGGCUGGCGACGAUGCGCAGCACCAUCUGCUGGCCCGCCUGCGAAGCUAUGCAGAUGGCAGCAAGCUGCGGCGGGCGGGGCUGAAGCUGGCGUGCCGCCUGCCGCCGCCGCCGGCGGGUGCGGCGGGGACCAAGCCCCAGCGGCGGCAGCUGCAGCUGGAAUCGCAUUACGACGCUGAGGUAGGGGAGGCCACACACGGGCUGAAGCUGAGGCUGGGCGGCCGUGGCGGUGCCGACUACCGGCAGCAGCACCGCCGCUACGAGCUGAGCCUGCAGACCCGGCCGCGGCAGAGGCAGCUUGACGUCACGCUCGAUUUUUUCACCCCGCUGUGA